CCGACGGAGCAUGCAUUAUACCUCUCUGACACGCCGUUGUCGCGCCGACAAUCUCGCAGACGGUGAUCGCGAACGGAGCGUUGGAUCUCGUUGCUUUAACUGCGCGCCUCCACCCAUAUGCGGCGUAUGUGCAUGCAACGGCGGUAGUGAUUCAGAUCCAAAGCGGCGAGCCUUUCCCCACAAACAGUCCAGAUGGCUUCGAUGCUGCCGCCAGAGGUUCACGCAGCCUUGACACAAUUGCUACAAGUGCUUCAGUCUCCUGACAACACUACGCGAGGCCAAGGCGAGAGACAGUUGGAGUCAGAAUGGCUGGAGCAACGGCCAGACAUGCUCUUCAUGGGCCUUGCCGAGCAGAUGCAAGGCUCCCAAGACGACGGAAUGCGAGCAUUUGCGGCAGUACUCUUCCGUCGGACAUCAUACAAGACGACGAAAGAUGCCGUGUCAGGCUCUAUGAAAGAGAAGUUCCUGCAGCUCAACCAUGCCCAGCGCGCAGCGAUCCGGUCCAUGCUGCUACGCUGUCACGCUGCCGAGCAAGCCACGAACGUGAGGAACAAGAUCGCGGACGCCAUAGCCGAAGUUGCAAGACAGUACGUCGAGGAUGAGGUGUUGAACCCAGACGGCUCGAGGGACACCUGGCCGGAACUGCUGGCCGCUCUACAUCAUGCAAGUCAGUCACCUGAUGCUGGGAUGCGUGAAUCGGCGUUUCGAAUAUUCGAAAGCGCCCCGGGUAUCAUUGAGCGACAACAUGAGGCUGCCGUCCUCGACGUAUUCCAGCGAGGCCUCAAAGACGACGCGGUUGAAGUGCGGGUAGCGACGAUGGCAGCCUUUUCAUCCUUCUUUCAGACUCUGCAAAAGAAGUACCAGCAGAAGUACUACGCGCUCAUACCAGACAUACUGAACACUUUGCUGCCGCUGAAGGAGGCAAGUGAUUCUGACAAUCUCACCAAAGCGCUGAUGGCGGUUAUUGAGCUCGCCGAGCUUGCGUCGAAGAUGUUCAAGAACGUUUUCUCCGACCUCGUCCAACUCAGUAUCAGUAUCAUCCAGGACAAGGAGCUCGACGACCAAGCAAGACAGAAUGCGCUCGAACUAAUGGCAACCUUCGCCGACUGCAAUCCUGCCAUGUGCAAAAAGGAUCCACGUUACACUUCGGAGAUGGUUACUCAAUGCUUGUCGCUGAUGACGGAUGUCGGUGCUGACGACGAGGAUGCAGAAGAAUGGCAAGCGCAGGAAGACGUAGAGUUUGACGAAAGCGACUCGAAUCAUGUCGCUGGCGAACAGACGAUGGAUCGUCUAGCUAACAAGCUCGGUGGCCAAGUUAUUCUUCCGCCUACCUUCACCUGGUUACCGCGCAUGAUCACGUCCGGCUCGUGGCGCGAUAGACACGCUGCACUCAUGGCCAUCUCGGCCAUCUCAGAAGGCUGCCAGGAGCUUAUGGAGGGUGAACUCGACAAGGUGUUAGACCUUGUCGUGCCGGCGCUCAGAGAUCCGCAUCCGAGAGUGAGGUGGGCAGGGUGCAAUGCGCUCGGCCAGAUGAGCACCGAUUUUAAGGGCACCAUGCAGUCGAAGUACCAUCAGAUCGUCCUUCCGGCACUCAUAACGGUCCUUUCCGCUUCAGAGCCAAGGGUGCAAUCGCAUGCUGCCGCCGCACUUGUCAACUUUUGUGAAGAAGCGGAGAAGGAGACCUUGGAACCCUACCUCGACACCUUAUUACAAAAUCUCAUGCAAUUAUUGCAGAGCCCAAAGCGCUUUGUGCAAGAACAAGCCCUGUCCACGAUUGCGACGGUUGCAGACUCCGCUGAGAGCACGUUUGGCAAAUGGUACGGCCAGCUGAUGCCACUGUUGUUUAACGUGUUGCAGCAACCGAACGAACGUGAAAUGCGGUUGCUGCGUGCCAAGGCCAUGGAGUGUGCCACACUGAUUGCGCUCGCGGUGGGCAAGGAGCGUAUGGGCCAAGAUGCUAUCACCCUUGUAAACGUGCUUGGCAAUGUUCAGUCAAACAUCACCGAUGACGACGACCCGCAAGAGAGCUAUCUGCUCCAUUGCUGGGGACGCAUGUGCAGAGUGCUUGGCCAGGACUUCAUACCGUAUCUGCAAGCCGUCAUGGCACCUCUUCUAAAGCUCGCGCAGGCGAAGGCGGAUAUUCAGCUCCUUGAGAACGAAGAUAACGUGGCGCAAAUUGAGCAAGAAGAAGGCUGGGAGCUGGUGCCGCUGAAGGGCAAGUACAUCGGCAUCAAGACGAGUACGCUUGACGACAAGUUCAUGGCUGUUGAGCUGAUCACCGUCUACGCGCAACAUCUUCAGCAAGGGUUCGCGCCGUAUGUCAUUGAGAUCAUGGAGAAGGUUGCCAUUCCCGGACUUGCCUUCUUCUUUCACGAUCCGGUAAGGGUAGCUUCGGCAAAGGCCGUGCCGCAGUUACUCGGCUCGUACAAGGCCGCGUAUGGCGUGCAUUCACAAGAGUAUUUGAGUCUGUGGAAAAGCACGAUCGAGAAGGUGCUCGAAGUUCUGGAGACGGAGCCGGCGAUCGAGACCUUGGCGGAGAUGUACCAGUGCUUCUACGAGUCCGUCGAAGUCUCCGGCAAGGACUGCUUGUCGAAUGAACAUAUGGCUAUCUUCAUCACGUCAGCUGAGAGCGUUCUCAAGGACUUUCAAGCCCGUGUCAAGGCGCGACAAGACGAAGCCGCCGAACGGGAAGACGGCGAGGAGCCAGACGAAGAGGCCCAAUUCGCCAUCGAAGACGAUCAAACUCUCCUCUCAGACAUGAACAAAGCCUUCCACACAGUUUUCAAGCAGCAAGGCCAAACGUUCCUACCCCACUGGGAGCGGCUACUAAACUACUACGACCUUUUCGUCUCCAACCACGACGACACACAACGCCAAUGGGCCCUCUGCAUUCUGGACGACGUCCUCGAAUUCUGCGGCCCCGCCUCCUGGCACUACCACGCCCACAUAAUCCAGCCGCUGAUCGACGGCAUGCGGGACAACGCGCCCGCAAAUCGCCAAGCCGCCUGCUACGGCGCCGGCGUCGCAGCGCAUAAAGGCGGCGACGCAUGGGCGGACUUUGCUGCCGCCAGCCUGCCGAUAUUGUUUGAGGUGACGCAACGGCCUAAUGCGCGCGGCGAGGAGGAUGCGUUUGCCACGGAGAAUGCGUGCGCGAGUAUUGCGAAGAUUCUGCAUUUCAAUAAUGGUAAGGUCGGGAAUGUGCAGGAGGUGGUGCAACAUUGGGUGGACACGUUACCGGUCGUGAACGAUGAGGAGGCGGCGCCGUACGCGUACUCCUUCCUCGCUGAAUUGAUUGAGCGGCAAAACCCCGCCGUGAUGAAUCACGCAGCGCGUUGCUUCACCUUCGUGGCACAGGCGCUUGAGGCGGAAACGUUGCAGGGUAACAUGGCGCAAAGGAUUGUCGGCGCUGCUAGGAAACUGGUUCAGAUAGCUGGGCUGGAUGCUGAUCAGCUGCUCGCCGGGCUGCCGCCGGAGACGCAGCAGACUGUGCGGGCAUUCUUUGGAUAGUGUGUUGCUUUGUUGUCAAGGCGUGAGUCGGUGACUUCAGCAUCUAGCGGCACAGGAGACAGACCCACCUAUGAGUGCGCAACGACAGCAAUGUGCUGUCGGCUAUGCAUACACAUCGAAGAGCUCGGCAGAAAAACUUCAAGUUACAAUAAUGCGUCGAGUUCGCUUGUAUGAGAAGCGGGACAGUAGGUAUAGGUGAGUGAUGGGAACGUUUUUCCUAUUACUUGAGUGGUGACACGCAGAUCUAAGCUACGCUGUAGCUAGAGUCCAGUUCUUUGCGCCCUCUAUCUGCUGGCAGUUCCAGACGAACGUUGCUAGACCGCAACUUGCUUUUAGUACGCCGCGACUGAUUUCCUGUCAUAAAUACAAAGGCUGCGAAGCAGCAAUGAUGUGCUACCCGCUGGGUCUUACAGCGAACGCCAUGCCGUACUGUCCGACCGCCAUC